CACUUUAAUCUUGAACGAAUUUAUAUGAUUUGGCAAUGCUCGAAAAUCUGAAUCCAUUACUUGAGCACUAGAGGGCGCUAUAGUCUCUCUCGGUCUGAUUGUGGUGGUCACGUGGGUUGAAGUGACAAGGAAGUGUGUACAGCGAAACGCGUGUGCUUUUGUGUUUGUGUAGAAAUGUUAAUUUAUCGAGAUUCUUCAGCGGUCUGACUGCUGUCAUCAUGCUCUGAUGUGGGAUCAGGGAACAUUGCCACCUCCUGUUUACCUGGCUGUUCCCCUGUAUGGUGAAAUAUGGAUGUAAAGGAGGACAUGGAUGCUGAGAGUGACAGCGAGCAUCAGGCGACAGGAGAUGAUGUGAUUGACAUCAGUUUCUGUGGCUCCACCCCUCUGUUGUGGAAGGUGUCAGAUAUAAAGAGGUGCAGAGGUGCAGGUGUGAUCGGGGCUCUUGUUGGCUCUCUGGCCCGUCAGCCUCGGCAGAAUGUGCGACUGGGGAGACCGCUGGAGCUGAUGCAGGAGGAGGCUCUGCUGCUGGAGGAGACGAGCGCUGCUACAGCAUCACUGCACACUCAGGAAUGUGAAGAUGAUGAAGUGCAUUCACAGGCCGUGAGACAGUAUGAAGCAGGACAGGAGAGCAGUUAUAAGGAGCAGUGCGCUCUCGCCCGUGAGGAUAAGAAGACAGUGCUGAGAAGAAUCAUGCAAGAGAAGGACAAUGGUUCCGAUGACUCUGGGAAUGCAGUUAGAGAUCGUCUUACUGCAUUGGACCAAGGAUUUAGUUUUCCACGGUCAGCCAUGGCGGUCCAGCUUUGUACUGCCCGGUCCGGCUUCAGUCAGUGUCCGGAGGAACGCGGUUUCCUGUCCACUGAUUGGCCGAUGCCUAAAGAUGAACGCUUGGAAACCAGAUUUCGUGUAUACAGGGAUCUGAGAAGUAAAGGGUAUUAUCUGACAUCUGCAGGGAAGUUUGGAGGAGAUUUUUUGGUAUAUCCAGGUGACCCUCUGCGCUUUCAUGCUCAUUUCAUUGCGCUGUGUAUGCCCAUUGAUGAACAGAUACCGAUUUGUGAUAUUCUAGCUAUAGCUCGGCUGGGGUCAAAUGUGAAGAAAACAGUGUUGCUUUGCUCUCCUCAGAUGGGAAAGGAUGAGGGAUGUGUGGUGUAUUCAUCACUGCAGUGGAGCUCUAUGGUUUAACUUGACUGAACUUGUUUCAUCCAUUGCCAUUGUUGAGCGGUGGUGUGGUGCUGUACGGGCAGGUGAAAAAAACUCAGCCGUGCCUUUAUGUGGAAUAAAAAACAUUGAGACAACCAAAUUCUCUUUAUGUACAGGAUCAAGUAUGCAAGAGGAAGAUGUCUUAAUACAAUAAAUGUUUUAAGAAUCUGUUAUUUAUAA